AGUUCACUAGAGAAGGAGAGACAAAUGGCAACAACAGAAUUAGAGGAAGCAACUCUACAAGGCCAAGCGGAGAUAUGGCGGUUCAUGUUCAGCUAUGUGGAUUCAAUGGCGCUUAAGUCUGCUAUCGAACUCCGCAUAGCCGACAUAAUACACUCUCACGGUGGCGCCAUCACUCUGUCACAAAUAGCUUCAUGCAUUAAUGGCGGCAGCAGCACGUCUUCGCCGGACAUCAACACCCUUUCUCGAAUAAUGAGAUUGCUAGUCCGUCGAAAGAUUUUCACCAUCCACCACCCAUCCGACGGUGGAGAUCCCGUGUACGAUCUGACUCACUCAUCCAGAUGGCUCCUACACGACUCGGAGCAAACCCUGGCGCCAAUGAUACUGAUGGAGAACCAUCCGUUGCUAUUGGCUCCUUGGCACUGCCUUAGCCAAUGCGUUCAAGAAGGUGGCGUCGCCUUCAAGAAAGCUCACGGGCGUGAGGUGUGGGAUUUGGCAUCGGAGAACCCCGAAUUCAACCGGCUUUUUAAUGACGGUAUGACAUGUACAUCGAAGGUCAUCACCAGAGCAAUCUUGUCGGGGUACAAAGAACGGUUGAGCUCGAUUGGAUCAUUGGUUGACGUUGGUGGUGGAACGGGAAGCUUGACAUCUGAGAUUGUCAAAGCAUAUCCGCACAUCAAAGGUGUUAACUUCGAUUUGCAGCAUGUCGUCUCGGCGGCGCCACCAUACGAUGGGGUCUGCCAUAUUGCCGGCAACAUGUUUCAUGCCAUUCCGAAUGCUGAUGCGGUCAUUAUGAAGUGGAUAUUGCAUGACUGGGGUGAUGAAGAUUGCAUACAAAUAUUAAGGAAUUGCAGGAAAGCAAUUCCAAGAGGGAACGGGAAAGUGAUCAUCGUGGAGGCUGUUGUGAAACCCGACGGAAACGGAACGUUUGACGACAUGGGAUUCGUAUUCGACCUCCUGAUGAUGGUACAUUGCAGGGGUGGAAAGGAGAGAACGGAGCUGGAAUGGAAGAGAAUCUUGGAACAAGGAGGUUUCUCUCGCUACAAAAUCAUCGACAUUCCAACCUUGGCAUCCAUCAUCGAGGCCUAUCCUGAUGAUUAGUAGACUGUUCAGCAAUGAGGGGACUUAAUAAAUUUCCUAUUUUAUGAAUCUGUUGCAUAU